AUGUCCCUCUUAAGUAGGUUUUUCUACAAGAGACCACCUGAUGGGUUGCUUGAAUUUGCUGAUAGAGUUUAUGUUUUUGAUUCAUGCUAUUGCACGGAGGUGUUAGCGGAUGGUUUGUACCAAAGCUUCCUUCACGAAAUCAUCAACGACUUACACGAAGAGUUCCCGGAAUCGUCCUUUCUAGCCUUCAAUUUCCGAGAAGGAGAGAAGAAAAGCUCAUUCGCUGAAACUCUCUGUGAAUAUGAUGUUACUGUCCUCGAGUAUCCAAGGCAGUACGAAGGCUGUCCUUUGCUUCCUUUAUCACUCAUCCAACAUUUUCUCCGAGUCUGUGAGAGUUGGCUUGCUCGUGGGAACCGUCAGGAUGUGAUUCUUCUUCACUGCGAGAGAGGAGGCUGGCCGCUUCUGGCUUUUGUUCUGGCUAGUUUUCUCAUUUUCAGGAAAGUUCACAGUGGCGAGCGCAGAACUCUCGAGAUUGUGCAUCGAGAGGCUCCUAAAGGUCUAUUGCAGCUGCUCUCGCCGUUGAAUCCGUUACCGUCUCAGCUUCGUUAUCUUCAGUAUGUGGCAAGGAGGAAUAUAAACCCUGAGUGGCCACCUCCUGAGAGAGAGCUUUCUUUGGAUUGCUUGAUUAUUCGAGGUAUUCCAAACUUUGACUCCCGGCAUGGAUGCAGACCAAUCAUACGCAUCUUUGGAAGGAAUUUUAGUAGCAAAUCUGGUCUUUCCACGGAGAUGCUGUAUUCUACGUCCAAUCAGAAGAAACCCCUUCGGCAUUACCGGCAGGCAGAAUGUGACGUGAUCAAGAUUGACAUCCAGUGCUGGGUUCAAGGAGAUGUUGUACUGGAGUGUGUGCAUAUGGAUUUAGAUCCAGAACGAGAAGUUAUGAUGUUCCGUGUGAUGUUCAAUACUGCAUUUAUCAGGUCCAACAUACUAAUUUUGAACUCAGACAACUUGGAUAUUCUUUGGGAGGCCAAGGAUCAUUAUCCGAAAGGGUUUCGAGCUGAGGUUUUGUUUGGAGAAGUUGACAAUGCCUUGCCUCAGAAAGCUCCAGUCCCAAUCGUAAAUGGUGAUGAGACUGGUGGCUUGCCCAUUGAAGCAUUUUCUAGAGUUCAAGAACUUUUUAGUGGUGUGGAUUUGGCGGAGAAUGGAGAUGAUGCUGCUCUGUGGUUGCUGAAACAACUUGCUGCCAUAAACGAUGCGAAAGAAUUUACAAGAUUUCGGCACAAAGGGAGUUUUUAUUUGAAUUCUCCUGACUCUGAAGAGGAGACCAACACAUCUAGUGCCGCUGAUAGUUCAGAUGAAAGCUUUGAUGUCUUUCACAAGCCUCGCAUUCCUAUAUCUUUUGAUAUUAAUGAGACAGACGACAUUCCUACAUCUUUUGCUCCUGCAUCUUCAGAGGAGCCGCAUGAAUUCUCUCGUCACCAACAGCAAGAAGUUCCGGUGAAAGACAACGUCCACCCUUUGACUCUUCCAUCAGAUCCACCAUCUUCUGUUGCUCAGGUCACACUUCUGCCUCCACCGCCACCGCCACCUCCACCUCCUCCACCUGCUUUCACGAGCACAACAUCUUUUAGACCCCAACCCCCACCCCCACCUCCACCGCCACCUCACCCUAGUUUUAGCAAUAGAGAUCCUCUGACAACAUUGCAUCAGCCUAACAACAAAACCCUUCCACCACCACCACCUCCUCCUCCUCCAACACCUUUCUCUAGAGGCAUUCCUCGAACUUCAGCUCAACCACCGCCACCUCCACCACCGCCACCUUCGUUUGGGAGCACAGGAAAUAAACUUCAAGCGCAACCACCUCCUCCACCACCUCCUCCUCCUCCUCCUCCUCCCAUCCAGGCACCUGCUAGUAAAUGUGUACCGCCGCCACCACCCCCGCCUCCACCUACAUCUCAUUCUGGUCCUGCUUGUGUUCGCCCACCUUUGGCACCACCACCACCACCUCCUCCGCCUCCUAAGGCUAAUAUUUCAAAUGCCCCUAUGCCACCUCCUCCACCUCCACUUCCUCCUUCAUCUGCAAAGUUGGGUGCUCCUCCGCCGCCACCACCACCACCACUAUCCAAGACCCCUGCUCCGCCUCCACCACCACCACCACUAUCCAAGGCUCCUGCUCCGCCUCCACCACCGCCACUAUCCAAGACCCCUGGUCCGCCUCCACCACCACCGCUAUCCAAGACCCCUGGUCCUCCUCCUCCACCAGUCCUGGGUCGUGGUACAAGUAGUGGCCCACCACCACUGGGCGCAAAAGGUUCAAUGGCACCGCCUCCGCCUCCUGCAGGAAGGGGCAGAGCUUCCUCGGGACUUGGAAGAGGCCGAGGUGUCGGUGUGCCUGCUGCUGCACCUAAGAAAGCCGUGCUGAAGCCUUUGCAUUGGUCUAAAGUUACUCGGCCAGCAAAAGGCAGUUUGUGGGCUGAUAAUCAGCAACAGGAAAAUCAACCACAGCCCCAAAUAGAUAUAUCAGAGCUCGAGAGUCUUUUUUCUGCAGUUUCAGAUAACACUGCUAAGAAAAGCACAGGUCGUCGGGGUUCUAGUAUCAGCAAACCUGAGAAAAUUCAACUGGUUGACCUGCGAAGAGCAAAUAACUGUGAAAUAAUGCUUACGAAAAUAAAGAUUCCUCUACCAGAUAUGCUUAGCGCAGUUCUAGCCUUAGAUUCUUCAGCUCUGGACAUCGACCAGGUUGAAAAUCUCAUCAAAUUUUGUCCGACCAAGGAAGAAAUGGAAUUGUUGAGGAAUUAUACUGGUGACAAAGAAAUGCUUGGAAAGUGUGAACAGUUCUUCAUGGAACUAAUGAAGGUUCCACGUAUAGAAGCAAAGUUACGGGUGUUUGGCUUUAAGAGUACCUUUGCUUCUCAGGUGGAAGACUUAAGAAGUUGCCUAGAUACAAUAAACACUGCCACGAUAGAGGUGAAGGAGUCUUCAAAGUUACGUCAGAUUAUGCAAACGAUUCUAACACUGGGAAAUGCUCUAAAUCAAGGAACUGCGAGAGGAUCUGCUGUGGGUUUCAAACUGGACAGUCUUCUUAAACUGUCUGAUACCCGUGCAAAAAAUAACAAAAUGACUUUGAUGCAUUACUUAUGCAAGCUCGUUGGUGAAAAAAUGCCAGAGCUGCUUGAUUUUCCUAAUGACCUUGUUCACUUGGAAGCUGCCUCGAAGAUUGAAUUGAAAACGAUGGCUGAAGAAUUUCAAGCGACGAAUAAAGGCAUUGAAAAGGUUGAGCAAGAACUCACGGCUUCAGAAAAUGAUGGUGAAAUUUCUCUGGGCUUCCGGAAGGUCUUGAAGGAGUUUCUUGUUACCGCUGAAGCAGAAGCGAGGUUGCUUACUUCCUUAUAUCAGGAAGCGGGAAAAAGUGCAGAUUCAUUGUCACACUACUUCGGUGAGGAUCCAGCUCGAUGUCCUUUCGAGCAAGUGACUAAGAUUCUGACUCUUUUCACGAAAACGUUCCUCAAAUCUCGAGAGGAGAACGAGAAACAAGCCGAGGCUGACAAGAAGAAGCUGGAGAAAGAUGCAAUCAAGGAGAAGCAACCAGUGACAAAGAAAGACGGUGCUGCUGAUAACGAACAACGAGCUUAA